GGGCUAGCACUAGGACAAAAGUAUUAAAUUGGCAUAUAGCCUAUUUGCAUUCUGAGACAACAGCAAACUCUUUCACCCAAGCUGUGUGGAUGUGGUCAGGUACUGUGCUCAGGUAUCUGAAGGUGCAGUGCACUUCAGUAGGAACAUAGCAGGCGCAUGAUUUGGGGCAGUCACCGCUCGCCGGCAGCAGCAGAGCAGCCAAGAACAACAAAGUCUCCAUCAACCUCCUCCGCAGAAACAUGGAAAGGUGGAUGAUGUCGGUGGCGACAAUUGCUGAAGACAUAGUUUUGCCCCAGAUGGAGAGAAUUAGCAAACGGAGGUCAACGGAGAAGAGGGCUGUCUGACUGUCUAAGCUGCAUUAAAACUGUAAGUAAACAUUGUUAGCUGACAGUGCUGCGGAUCAAAUGUCCACCGCACAUGACAGUUGUUGUGACAGAUGAAUCUACUUUACCUUCAAUGAUUCUGCUCCGUCAGUGCAACAGUCAUUUUGCUUACAGAUAAAGUAUUCUCAAGAUCCAGAAAUGCUUUUUGUGGUUCCUAGGGAAUGGGAAAGAAUUGCUUGUAAUUGCAUAGAUUGUGUAUGCAUUUGUUUUGAUAUUUAACAGUUGAGCUGCAUUAUAAAUGUAGAACUGAAUACCUAAAAUGCCGCAAUUCACUAUUUCAUGGAACCACUGCUGUCCAUACCAGUUGACUUAGGAAUUUCCAAGGAUCUUCCUUUCAGUCAGCCCUGCUUUAUUGUUAUUUUAUUAACACUGGUUUGUUUUAGGAGAACUAAGAUUAAGUUACAAAGAAAUUCAGAUUAGGAGGACACAUUUUUCCUUUGAGAAUACAGACAUUGUAGGGGAGUAAGUCGAGCAUAAGCAUCUGGUUAAAAGUAUAUUUAUUUAUGCAUUUGUGUUUUUGUGGCCUUUUUUUUUGGAAUGGGGUCAUCUAAUACAUUUUGAUAGAAACAAGAUACUUGCAAAACCUAUGCAUAAAUGCACAUGUAUCCACACAUGUACAAUAGCCACUAGUCCCUGUUCUCAUCAAAAAGGAAUGAAGUCAGUGUUAACAGCUUGCAUAAGGCCUAAAGGGAGAAGGAAAAGUAAGCCAAUGUAUAAACCUAAAAAACAACUGCAAGUGUCAGGUUCAGGAUUGAGUUUGCACAUUUAUAUACUUUUCAUUAGGGAAAUGUCUUGAAUUAAUUGGCUGAAGUAAGGCAUCCAAACCUAUUAGCUGAUUAUUACAUCAAAGCUUUGUUCCUUCAGCUCAUCUCAGCCUGAACUGUAAAUUGAUCAGAUGCCGCUUUACAUGCAGCUCAUAUACUUUGGCUCAGUAGGGGGUCUUCAAACUGAAAAGUUACGCUUGCUGCUCUGAGUCAUUUCUUGAUCAUCAGCAGUAGAGGCUUGGAAUGCAUUCCUUAAUUAUACGAAUUUGAUAGUUCCCUGUGGAUAUUCUGAACUCAUAAAUGUGCCCCUAAUAAGGAAUGAAACGUGACCUGUCUUUGUGCACACACAUGUGUGCAGCUGAAUGGCAAGCAAGCACACACCGAAACUCAUGAAAACACACUCAUGCAUUUAAACACUAAGUUUUCGUCUUUUGACAUAUUCACAUCUGCUCGCGCUUCACACGCAGCAGGGUGUUUUGAGGCCACGUGGCAGAGCUCUGCACAGCACGGCUUUAGGUAGAUGAAGACAACAUCCACACCCACGCACCCUCUCACACCCGUCAUCCCAACCGAAGGAUGCACAGUGUGAAGAGAGCUACAUGAAAGAUUUACUAGAUUUACCAACCGAGGUGGUCUCCCUCAGAAGCCCAGUGGAGGCCUGUGGUUGGAGGAGAAAAGAAGGGGGGGGAAUUCCAGGGAGAAUCCUGGACUGUGUGAAGUGUGAUUCUGUAUUCAGAGAACAGAUUUAGCAUUCUACCACUCAGCAGUGAUCAGUCUCACAUAGGCUCUUACCCAGCCUCCAUCACACUCUGGCUCCUGCACUGCAUCUCAACACAGUUUGACAGCUGAUGAAAGGAAACACUGCCAGCCCCUAAAUAUGGGCCUAUUACGAACUCUUAGACUUAGAGAAAGUUUGAAAAGAUCAUAACACAGAGGUCAGCACAGUCACGUGGAUGCAUGUGGUACAGGUUUCUGAAAUUAAGCCUGCUCAGAAUACAGUUUGCCUUGUAAUAGGCCUCUGUCUCUUUUUAAAGAGGAUUUUUCUAACUGUAGUAAAUAACUAAAGUAAAUAAAUGCCACUAAGCUGUCAUACAAGUGCAUUUGUAUACAUUGCUUAAAUACAUCCUCUAUGUUUACCUAGGCCUCUCUGAGAUUUACAUUUAGCUUGAAGACUUGAACAUGUUAGGCCUGUUUGACUACUAUUUGGCACAGACGUCAUGAACACUUCCUGCCAAGAGACCGGGCAUCUCAUCUGACUCUGUCACCGAUAGUAGCUUUAGCUUAGGCUACGUGCAACUAUCACUGUUUAGCUGCAUAACAGAGUUCCUACUUCAUACUGCAUGUGCAACUACACGGGUCUCUGUCGUUUUAGAGGGACAUGUAGGAUUUCUACCGGAGAAAUAAAAUGCUGACUAACAGCUAGACGUUGCAGCGAACGCACAUCUGACAGCAAGUGAAUGAUAAAACAUAUAUAGCCUAAUUCCGGACCUGAAAAGAUAAAGGAAUAAAGAAAAAAAGCGAAAAAAAUAAGAUUGUGUUUUUCAGUGUAUAGUGGUCCGCUGAUGGUGCAUCACUUGCAUCUUGGCACAAAGUUUUGACUCGCGUCCCGUGUAAGCUGAGUGGCCACGCUCAGGAGGCACCUGAGGAAUUUGCAGCGCUGGCCAAGGUAGGACGGUUCUGCCUCGUGAGUACAUGGGGGGCGAGCGCCUGUCUCCAUAUCACUGACUCUUAAAUUCAUUCCAAGGCUUCUCCUCCUGCCUCCAUAUCACUGACUCUUAAAUUCAUUCCAAGGCUUCUCCUCCUGUCUCCAUAUCACCGGCUCUUAAAUUCAUUCCCCGGUUUCACGGGACGGACCUGCGAUUGGAAACGCGCGCGCGCGCAGCGAAGCAAAGCUCCGAACAUGCACGCUGAUUACCAUCAAAUGACACCGAACACGUGCUGUCAUAUUUAGCUGGUCCGGAUCCAAAUUCAAUUUCGAGCUUUGUUGCGCAACAGAGCUCCCAAUUCACAAGUGCAGCUGACAACUUGUUUGUGUUUGCAUCCUGCUCUUAACUUCUGGGGACGCACGUUGUAAAAUGAGGUUGGGAAGCAUCGUUUUAUUCGUCGCUGUGUGCUCUUUUACCUCUUAUUAUAUCUACGAGCCCAUUCCCGAGGAGAUAGACGAGAGAUGGAAGCUCAUGCUGACCAACUCUUUCUUCAGAGGUCUCAGCCACCUGGCAGACCUCAGUGAGUUACUGGGGCUGAAGGACUACAUGGGAGUGAUGUAUGUUAUUACUCUGCUUGAAAAUGUAGUGCCAGAGUCUGAUGAGCAUGUCAAGGUGACAGAGGGGAGGUUUGAUGGAGUGGAGGUGGUGCUGUAUCAGCCGAAGCAGCGGGGCAGUGACACUGAGCUCAGGAGAGCCGUCAUAUACCUGCAUGGUGGAGGGUGGUGUCUGGGGAGUUCCCGAAUGAGUCCGUAUGAUCUCCUGGCUAGAAGAAUGGUGACAGAGCUGGACGCAGUGGUUCUUUCAGUAGAAUACCGACUUGCCCCUGCUCACCAUUUCCCUGUCCCAUAUGAGGAUGUGUACCGUGUGGUCAAACACUUUCUCCAGAAGGGGGUGCUGGUCCAGUACUCUGUGGACCCAGGACGCAUUGCUGUGUCUGGGGAUAGUGCUGGAGGCAACCUGGCGGCUGCUGUCUCCCAGCAGUUACAAAAAGAAGACGGGCAGCAGGUUAAGUUGAAGGCCCAAGCUCUCAUCUACCCUGUGCUGCAGGCCCUGGAUCUCAACACGCCUUCCUAUCAGCAGAAUCAAGAUAUGCCCAUUCUGCCGCGCACCCUCAUGGUGCGUUUCUGGAGCGAGUACUUCACCAGUGACAAAGCCUUUUUCAAAGCCAUGAUGGCCAACACCCACAACAACCCUGAGUCUUUCAGCCUUCUGAAGUUUGUCAACUGGAGCACUUUUCUGCCAGAAGCAUAUCAUGGGAAGUACAACUACAGCGCCCCCGCUGUUGUUCAGAGAGUCAGAGAGGAUGUUGGGAUGGACGGACUGUCUCGAUCUCUGGCUGACCCGAGGGCAUCGCCCUUGCUGGUUCCAGACACUGACUUGCACUCACUGCCCAAGGCCUACAUUCUGACAUGUGAGUAUGAUGUUCUCCGAGAUGAUGGGAUCAUGUAUGUCACACGGCUCCGUGCUGCUGGUGUAGAGGUGACACAUGAACAUUAUGACACCGGGUUUCACGGAGGUCUAAUGUUUACCGUGUGGCCAACCGACUUCCUGAUUGCACGACGCAUGGUGGAUAACUAUAUCAAAUGGCUCAAGGAAAACUUGUAAGAACUCUUGACAAUCAAUAUACAUUCCAUUUUUUUCCAACUAAUGCACCAUUAAUUGAUCAUGUACACAUUUUUUUUCAAUCUUUUGUUUUUGUUUGAGUGUUGUGCUUUUAUCCCUCCAAAUAUUUUGAGGUACAUUCGAUACAAGUACGAGAACCAGAUUUUCCAAGUCUAGAUCAGAUAGUGUUAAAUAAGAUAGUUUGAGUUAAGUGUUCAAGAGAAAUGCUUUCUUCUGUGAUGGUUUCACAUCAGGGCUACACAUGAAGAAAAUGUAUGAGCCACAUUCCAAAGUGAAUAAUGUUAUAUUUAUGAGUAGAGACAAUGUUGCAACAUUAUACCUCCAAACCUUAUUCACACUAUAUUAUCAAAGAGAGGGGUGAUAUCCUCAUUCAACUUUUAUUCCCUGAACGUAUGCUCUUGCAACUUUCAGUCUGACUACGCUGAAUUGUCCCAGAGGCAAAAUGAUCAUAAAUGGUCAUGUGAAGCCACUCCCUUGUUUCUUUAUUUUAUUUUAUGACUUGUCACUUAUUUUUUCAUCUGUUGGUGUCAUUACUCUGUGACUCACUGCAUAUAAAACAGCUAACAUAAAGAUAACAGGAAAACAAAAAAGUACCAAAAAAUCAUCUGUGUUACAAAUGUCUCUGUUCUUAAAUGUCUCACUGUUCCUUAAUAGUGAAACUGGAAGUCUUAGCUUAUAGGAGUGUCAUUGAUUCAAUGUGUUGCAGAGCUGUUUUUUUUUCACAAACUAAAUAUCCAACACCAUGUAUUUUUUCAACAAGUGACAGCUCUACACCUUUUUUUGCUAUUAUUUCAAAUGUAAAUACAACUACUUCGAUGUGCGUUUCAUGAAUUUCCUCUUUGACGACUUAACAUUUGAUUCAUAUUUAAUUUUAAUGUUAUCUGUUAAUAAAUUGACUUGACCUGUA